AUGUGGCCAUCUCGGAAUUUGCGGCCGACAAAAGCUCCGGCUGCAACGCCAGCUCCACCAGCAGCAGCAGCAGCAGCAGCAGCAGCAGGGUUGUGGCCGUCGACGGUCGGUGGUGUUGCUGGCGGUGUUGGCGCUUGUGCGAGCGAUGCUACCGCGGCGACAGGCGCUUGCGCUGGAGAGGGUGUCGGGGAGUGGCUCCGGCUCCGUCGGGCCUCGUCUCGGGACGUGCGCCCUGACGACUGUUUGGACGACUUGCUGGACGACUUGCUCGGCGGCGUAGGGCUGUCUGAUGUGAACUGUCCGGCGGGCAGCACGCGCCAGGUGCUCCAUACGCGCACGCCGCCCAUCGCCAAGCUCCGGCACCGCACCCCGUUGGCAAACCGCUGCAUCACGCACGGGAUCACGACAUCCUUUGAGGCGACGCCGGGCACGAGCACAAUGUUCUCGACGACCUCAAAGGCGGCCAACGCCGUCCCAUCCUCGGUGAAAAAGGGAUCGUCGACGAUUUCGGUGAGGUCGACGGGCCGGCGGCGCCAGGAGGCCAAGUAG